GCCAUGAUAACAGUCAGCUCACCCUUUUUCAGUCACUGCUGAUCCAGGAUGAAGACCACCGCUGUCCUUCUGGUUUGUGUGACCCUGUUCUGCCAGGGAUAUGGCAACAGCCUGGACUCUUGUCGUGGUCGGUGUGGCUAUGGAACAGACAACAGUUUCACCUGCCAGUGCAACCCAUCCUGUGAGCGCUUCAAUGACUGCUGUUCAGACUACACCGUAGAAUGCAAGGAGACCCAGGACUCUUGUCGUGGUCGGUGUGGUUAUGGAACAGACCACAAUUACUCCUGCCAGUGCAACACACCCUGUGAGCGCUUCAAUGACUGCUGUCCAGACUACGCCAAAGAAUGCAAGGAUGGUUCGGAUGGUGUGACUGAUUCUGAAAUCAAGGCUCUUUCUGAGACACUUUAUGCCCUGGACUCAAACAAGGCUUCAGCCUCAGAGUUGAUCGUUGACACCCAGGCUCUGGUGUCAAACUCCCAGACUGGCUCCCAGAACGAUCUGUCCUCUGGCCCCUUGUUCACCUACCUGGACGAGGCUACUCUUUUUUCCCGGCCCACCUAUGCCACUCUGCUGGCCGUACUGGACAACUACAACAGAAUCACUGGACAGCCGGAGGACUUGGACGCUCACCAGCUGGCUGAGCAGGACAAGUUCCUCAGUGAAACCAUGUCCAACACUGAGCUGGGCAGAGAGCUGUUUGCUUUCCUCCAAACCAAGGGGAUCUAUAAGUCAGAGGCGGAAUUUAUUCAGGACCUCAAGAUGAUGUGGUUUGGUCUGUACUCCCGCAACAACAACAAGCUGGACUCCAGUGGCUUUGAGCACAUUUUUGCAGGAGAGAUCAAGGGAGGAAAGGUGUCUGGUUUCCACAACUGGAUCCAGUUCUAUCUUCUGGAGAAGAGCGGACAGUUGAACUACUACAGCCACAACUUCAACGGCCCUUGGACUACAUAUCCUGAUGUCUAUGGGAUGCAAUUCAUGUGGGACGGCUACUACAAGCAGGUGGGCUCAGCAAUCAUUGGCUGCAGUCCGGAGUUUGACUUUGCUAUGUACAGCCUCUGCUACAUUACUCGGCCUGGCAAACGGUGUCACCUCAGCCUGGGCGGAAAGCCGCUUAUUAUCCAAACUUACACCUGGAACAACUCUUCCUAUGGGAAUGGAAAGAAAUACAUUGGUUCUGCCUUCCCUGCAUCUCCCUAAAAAUAUGGGCCACACGAUGUGCUAGAAACCGAGCAGAUUGCUCGUGUUUCAUAACACCUUUGACAUACAUUUUAAAAAAAUUAUGUUUUCCAACAAAGAAUCGCACACAUCAGGAGUUCCAAAUUAUGUGCAACCUUUUUUUACUUCAAAAAGUUAAAAUGUAUGAGGUGACAAAAAUGUAGCGCAUCAGCAUAAAUUAGUUCAAUACAUGCUGCAAUAAAGGCGAACAAUCUGCAAAUCCGA